CUGUUUUAUCCUAAUGAUCCACUGAAGAUUGUAAAGGCAAGAGGCCAGUACAUGUAUGAUGAGAACGGAAGACAAUACCUUGACUGCAUAAACAACGUUGCUCAUGUUGGACAUUGUCACCCCGAUGUAGUAGAAGCAGCCCACGAGCAAAACCAAUUGCUAAAUACAAAUUCUCGUUAUCUUCAUGACAACGUGACUGAUUAUGCAGAGAGACUUUCAGAAAAGCUACCCGAGAAGUUGUGCACCUUUUAUUUCUUGAAUUCUGGAUCUGAAGCUAAUGAUCUUGCCCUAAGAAUGGCACGAGAGUUUACAAAGCAUGAGGACGUUAUAGUUCUAGACCAGUAAGUAUGCUGGCAAUUUUACCUACUGUAGGUUGCAAGGCUC